AGGCCUAAUGGGAAUUUUGAGAGCCGUCCAAGUUUUCAAAGAACUCUUUUUCACAGUAAACUUAUGCUUCAUAAUACAGAUACGUGGAGAAUGGUGAGUGGAUCCUGCUUGAUGUUAGAUCAGAACGCAAACUUCUAACAUACGAUUGCUGCGAAGGAGAGUUCCCGGAAGUGACGUAUCAUCUGGAGUUGCGCAGACGCACUCUGUUUUACAUGAUGAACUUCAUAUUGCCGUGCGUGUUGAUUGCAGUCCUAACCUUACUUGUCUUUUUGUUGCCGCCGGAGUCUGGAGAGAGAAUGUCGUUUGGAGUCACUGUGUUGCUGUCGUUUACUAUUUUGUUGUUAAUGUUGAUGGACAAAUUACCUGCCACAUCAAAGGUUAUUCCGUUAAUUGCUGUCUACUACGCCUGCACUAUUAUUGAGGUGUCAGCGGCAAUGGGAAUGGCGUGUCUCAUCCUUCGUUUUUACCAUCCUGACAAUUCCUCGGCUCCAAUCCCCGCCUGGAUCAGGGUUUGUGUUCUGAACUACUGCGCACGGCUGGUGCGUUUGAGCACAUCCGCUGGCCGUGUUCGACAGGCCCAGAUUGUGCAGGAGUGGCGCCAAGUGAAACUGCGUGAAAACAGAGGCCGAGAACAAUCAAACAUGACUGUACUGACAGACAACAUCUUUAAAAAGGAAGAAGCAGACGCCAUGAGGGAGGAGUGGAGAAUGGCAGCCAUGAUUAUCAAUCGUCUCUUUGCUUGGAUUUAUCUCAUCACUAUUGUUAUUACACUACUUGCUGUUUUGCUGAAGUCCCCGCGGUUUCGGAGAGGGGAAUUGUAAAAUAACAACAGGACCUUUUCUAUGGUAUAGUAUGAAUGGUUUUAGGCAGGAAACCAUCAGAGAAGCUCAGUUGAAAAGCGGGGAUUUUCUUUUGGUUGUUUUUGAACACUACUGCUGGACAUUUUCAAAAGAGCCUCUUAAAUUAACUGACAGAAAGACGGUCAAAGACAUACAUGUAGAAAUAAUUGCCUCACGUCGGAAUUUAUAACCCAGAAAUGACUGAAACAAUAAUCUGGCCCAUCAGAGGUUAUUUGAUAAACUGAAACUUUCGAAGCGCAGCUCAGCCAGUCUACGAGCAGCUGACUUCUCUCUGGUGAAGUUUAAUAAUUAAGCAAGUCAAUACGGUAAAACGAAAUUUCGGAGCCUCGCCGCUUGUUUCUCGCUUUUUUCUUGCCCUUUUUUUUCGUUAGGAAGUCAGCGAGGGAAUAGCUCGUAGAGAAAGAAAUUUCACACAAGGAGGCUUAAUUUUACAGUGUUGUUACGAGCCUAAGAAGCAGUGUGAGUGACAAAAUAACACGAUGAUAACUCGAUGACAAGGUGUAAGAAUUUCUGUUGAAGUUUAUUACUGGUUGUAGCUGAAACAUGAGAGGUGUAGGUACAAGAAUGAGCAAAACAUUUACACUACAGAGAAUCACGAAGGAUUUGCAGAAUAUUUCCCUUAACAAUAUCGAUUUCAUGCAUGUACAGUUACCGUUUGGGCUUAUCCAAAGGUCGCAAUUACAAAUUGUUUACAACUUUGUCUACCCGUAAACAUUUGAAAUAAAUAGUCAGCUUACUUUA